AAUACCCAGACGAGGACUGGUGCCGCUGCAAUGUCCACGGAGCCUCUCUCCGAAGAGAGCGAGUCGGUCAUCGGGCUAUAUCAAAAGCUCACAGGAGCUGCUAAAUUCUCUGUCCUCGUCACCAAAAAGGUGCUUGUGCGGCCCCCCUUCCCCUUCCUUCACAAAUUGUGCUCGGAAGCGUUUGGACACACAAACAUUUUCACGCCACUACAGCUCAAUCUGGGCAAUCUCGUCACGCGUGACCAAAAGGCAGGUUUUCUCGUGCGAGCGUUAGCGUUUGUCACGUUCACAUUGCGAGCCGUUGGAGCCGACUGUGUCUCGGUGCUGUUGUUCGUUAGCCCCGUGCAGGCCCUUGCCGGUCUCGAAGUGGACCGAACGCAUGAAUUCCUCGACCAGUUGGUCAGCGUCCAUCUCCUUGACAACGCCGACGCCGCCAAGACGUUGGCUGCAGCAGAGGUUUUGCGAAAGGGGGAAAAUCAUCUGUAUACCAUGGCCAUGAAGUUUCGUCGGGGGCUAACCAAGGUGCAAGCAGCAGUUCGCCUCUUUCUUUCCAACAAAGCCAGUCGUGGUCAAGCAUUGACGACGCACGACCAGACCCCGGUCCCAGGCACCGAGUUCCUAAAACUGUUUGAGGGGUUUGGAACAUUCAAAGGCGUCGUGCGAAGCGCUUCCAACGGCGUGUACGUCGUUUACUACGCCCAGGACGGCGACGAAGAAGAGCUGGACGAGGAAGAGAUGCUCGACGUGAUGCGACGUAGCCGAGACCUUGAAGCCGCUGCAAAUGUAAGCGUCAAGGUCGCGCCAGCGCCACUGGCAACGACCACUGUGCCCCUUCCGAAAGCAUCUGUUGCAAUUAACAUGGUGCCAACCAAUCUAUUCGAAGACCUGGAGCGCGAGUUGCCAUCGCGGCAACAACGAGAGGACACUUCGAUGGAGCAGUUGGAGUCAAAAAGCCAUCAACCCCCUUUGAAUGAAUCCACCUCAGGCGAAAUGCAAAGUACAUUGGUGAAACGAGAUGGUCUGGCCACUAGGGGAACACGCCGCCGAUUGAACGAGGCGACACUUGGAGAUACCCUGGACCCAAUGGAGACGUUUCCCCCAAAGAGAACCCCGUCCCCCAGGCUCUCGAGUAGCAAGGAAGCAGCUACUACCACAAAGGGCGAGCCAGCAUGGCGAACAAAGUUGCUCGCUCUGGUUGACCCAAACGGGGGGGUUGCGGUCGUACCAAGCCCCAGUUCCUUGCAACACAGUAACAGCAAUCCCAUGGGAUUGGCUCCACCCACGCUGCCCAAAAUCGCAGUGCCCGGCGGUGCUUUGAAAUGGACCAAGCGAUUGAAGCAGCCCAAACCAACCGACCCUUCGUCUCGAGACAGUACUACCAAUAGCCACUUGACCAAACCAACCAAAAAAUGUGCGUCCAUGGGCACAAGGAAGUCGUCCAUCGCUGCCAUCAUCUCGCCCAACCAACGCGCCAGUCCCCCCAAAGUGAAAGACGCAACGUCGAUUUCGAAACUGCAGCCCGACGCGACUCUGUUUGAAACGUCGUACCCCCUCUCCGACGACCGCACCCACCAAACUGUCGUCUUGCGCGCCAUUGUCAAGCGCAUUGACAAGUACCUUCGACGGAAGCGCAUGCGCGUAAUCGACCUGUUUCGGUACUGCGACUUUGACCAAUGUGGGCACAUAACGCCUGGGGGCAUGGAGGAAGUGUUAAGGCAAAUGGACAUCCGCCUUCCCCCCGCCGAGAUGGAGAUGUUCAUGAGGCAUCUCGACACCAACCAGAAUGGCGUCAUUGACGUCGACGAGUUUGAAAGCCUCGUGCGGGUCCAUCGAAGGACAGCCGCCCGGCGCGACCAGUUGCGGCAGGAAUUGCCCCAUGUUCUCAAGCACGACGUUGUUGGUUCGGCUUCUCUCUGUCGCCAUCAUCCGCCGUCGUCGUCCGUCGUCCCGGCCUCGCUUCUUCCCCACAAGGAUCAAAUUCUGCACGUCACCCGCCUUCUCAAUGCCGACGGCACGGGCACAGUGUCGGCCACUGCGCUCGCAAAAGCUAUCGGGGGGCUCACUGUGCCCAAAAUACCGUCGGAUGUGGUCGAAGCGUUCGUGAACGACACGUGUCGUCCCCUUCACGGCCUCGUGUUUGUGUGCGACAUCGACCGCAUCCUGGCGGGGCCACCUGCCAAAGGGGCCGGUCGAAAGGACAACCGAUUUCUCGAUCAUACAUGGUUGGGCCAAUUCGAUGCCCAGAUGGAAAAGGUGCGGGGGCUCGGGGGCUGACUAGCUACAGUACUCCUUUAUUUAAUACUACCAUGGACAAUGCAUGCUACAA